AUGGCGCCGUGGCCGCUGAGCCCCUUGGUGCUGGCGCUGGGUGGCGCGGCGGCCGUGCUCGGCUCGGUGCUCGGCUCGGUGCUCGGCUCGGUGCUCUUCAUCCUCUGGAAGACCUACUGCGGCCGCGGCCUGGAGCGGCGCUGCGGCGGGGGCGAGGCCUGGUGGGGCGCGGAGCCCGCGCGCCUUCCGGAGUGGGACGAGUGGGACCCCGAGGACGAGCAGGACGAGGAGCCGGCGCUGGAGGAGCUGGAGCAGCGCGAGGUGCUGGGGCUGGGACUGGAUGGCCCUGGGAAGAGCACGUUUCUGCGCGUGCUGGCCGGGAAGCCACCGCUGGAAGGCCACAUCCCCACCUGGGGCUUCAACUCCGUGCGGCUGCCCACCAAGGACUUCGAGGUGGACCUGCUGGAGAUCGGUGGCAGCCAGAAUCUGCGCUUCUACUGGAAGGAGUUUGUGAAUGAAGUAGACGUGCUGGUGUUCAUGGUGGACUCGGCUGACCGGCUGCGGCUGCCCUGGGCCCGACAGGAGCUGCACAAGCUGCUGGACAAGGACCCUGACCUGCCUGUCGUCGUGGUGGCCAACAAGCAGGACCUGAGCGAGGCCAUGAGUAUGGUGGAGCUGCAGCAGGAGCUGGGCCUGCAGGCUGUCGACAGCCAGCGGGAAGUUUUCCUCUUGGCAGCCAGCAUCGCCCCUGCAGGAGCCGGCUUUGAAAAUCCUGGCACCGUGCACAUCUGGAGACUGCUCCUGGAGCUUCUCUCCUAGGCUGGCGCCCACCUGCUCACCAGCCAGCCCUGGGGGCCCCAGUUCUGCUCCUCCUCUUCUUCAUCCCCAGCCUGGACCUGGGGCACAGGCCACGUGGCAGCACUUCCCUCUCCCCUCCUCGCCCUCUCAAGAGCAGAACCUGGACAAGGCCAGGAACCAUAUGGAAGCCUUCCUGGUGAGCUAGCCAUGAGGCUGAAGUGGGGAGGUGGGUGAGGCCAAGGGUGGGAGAGGACAAUGUCUCGCUCAUUCUGGGCUGGGAGUGGAUCCCGCUUUCCCCAGGGAAGGCAGACCUGUACAGUGAGCUGCUCAGCAGGCUCAGUUCUCCCCGCCCUGAAGGUCGCAGUGGUUGAGGACCAGUGUAGGUGUCCAAAGUAGGCCCAGUCUAGACCGUUCCCUCCUGGUGACUUCUCACCCCUCUCGUGUGGGCAGGUGGUGGGCAGUGCGCCGUGAGCUCAGACCCCCAGUCCUGCAUUAUCCUCCAACCCCAGCUGGCUUGUGGCCUUGUGCAGUCCCUGCCUCUCUGGCCUCAGGGCCAUCCUUUUUAAAGAGAGGUGAUUUCUAUGGCUUUUUCCUAAGUCAGAGAUGUAUUUCCCAGCCGUGAAGAUAAGAAGCUCAAGGACAAACCUAAAGAUCCUAGCAAGGAGCUUUCUGAAACCUCCCCUACUUCCCCGAGGUUGACGCCUGGCCCGCCAGCCUCUUGACUACAGACUAAGUGGUAUUCGGCCCCCUAAUCAGAAAAACUGAAAGCUUCCCCCCACCCCACCCCCAAAAUCUGGAGACAGAAGCUGCUGCUCUUACACGAAGUGUGCCAGUGCCCAUGUUUACAUGAGUCUGGGGAAGGAAGGAGCCCGCCUGUGUCCCUGGGAAGAGGACUGUCAGCGGAGCAGGAUGUCGGCCUCCGAGCUGCAUUUAAUUAUUUAUUUAUUUAUAAAAGGAACAGACCAGCGUUUUAGGCUCUGUUUCUAGGUGCUGUUAUCAAAACCCCAGAUUAUCUUGGAAAAUUUGGAUCUUUGAGGAAAAUAACUGGAAUCACGAAUGACAGUGUGAUGAGCUACGUGUGUCGGGGAGACAGAGCUCUCGCUCCCCCAACCCUCUGUGGCUGUAAUUGAUGUCAUAAUACUUCACGAUGAUCCACAUGAACUUGAACUCCACCAUUUGGCCCAGUAUGUCAAAGCAACACAAACUCUGUGUAGGUAACAUCUCUGGGAGAGGCAAUUUCAUCACAGUUAUGCAGGUAAAAAGAAAUGAGAAUUAGCAGACCAACCAAGAGAGUAGCCUUGGGUACACCACUCAGCCUUUCCAG